CUUUCUUUAAAAUCUCCGUUUUCGGGAAAUGUUUUCAAAUUUAAAUUUGGCAAGAAGCUAUAGAGAAAAGUAGACACUUUCUACGUGUACUGUAGAGGGACGUGUACAGAAAGAUUGUUGAUUUCUUGGCUGAUAAUUUUCAUUUCUUCGAGGACGAACUUUACACGAUUUGUUUAAUUUUUAACCAUGCGUCAAAACAUCAAAUAGCAAAUAAUGAUGAAGACAGCAUAUUUAAACAUAUUUUCAAUUUUUUUACUGUAUAUAAUAUUGACAGGACAUAGUUGCUAUGGAGACAAUAAAGCAAUCGAUGACUUUUUAAAACAAUACAAUACCGAAGCUGAUCAACUUCAGCGAGAGGAUACUUUAGCAUCUUGGGAUUACGAAACAGACAUGUCGAAAGGUAAUAAAGAUAAAACAACUGAAAUGAGCGGAAAGACUUCAAAGUUUGCGUUAGAUUCUCGUAAAAAAGCCGAAGAGCUACUCAAAGACAUCGGCGAUGAUACUCCGGCUGCAUCAAUACGACAGUUGAAGUUAAUUACUAGAACGGCGUCGAGUAGUUCUUCCGACGAAUCUAAAGAAGUGUCGGAAUUAAUUUCUAAAAUGACAGCGAUAUAUAGCAAGACGUCGAUCGUAAAAACAAUAGAUGAUAAAAAAUACAAGUUCAAGUUAAACUCGCAUUUGCUACCUAUCAUGUCUGAAGUAAGUUCAGAAAAUCUUGGAAAUCUAAGAUGGGCGUGGAGAGUAUGGAGGAAAGCGGUAGGUCCAAAAAUUAAACCGCUGUACGAAAAGUUUGUAACACUUGUAAAUAAAGGCGCAAAAGAAAAUGGUUUUGACGAUUACGGUGAUUACUGGCGGAAAGAGUAUGAAGUCGAUAAUUUGGAAUCGAUUAUUGAGGAAACGUUAAAAGAAAUGCACGAACUUUAUAAAAAACUUCACGCUUUCGUCAGAUUUAAAUUAAAUAACUUACUUGGCGAUGAUGUGGUCAGCAAAACAGGGCCGAUGCCAGCUCAUCUAUUAAGCAUGUGGGGACAAAAUUGGGGACAUUUGUAUAACUUAUUAAAUCCGUUCCCGAAAAAACAUAUUCCUGAUGUGACGAAAGAAAUGAAAAAUAAAGGCUGGACAACUAAGAAGCUUCUGCAACAAGCUGAAUCCUUUUUUGUUUCUCUCGGGUUGGACAAAAUGCCGAAAAGCUUUUAUGAGAACUCGUUAUUAAAGAAAGAAAAUGGAAGGAAAUCUGUCUGUCAUCCGUCAUCGUGGGACUUAGGACAAGGUGACGUAAGAUUAAAGAUGCCAUGCAUGGGUGUGUCUCAAGCUGAUAUGAUCACAGUUCAUCAUGAAAUGGGACAUAUCGAAUACUACCUCAUGUAUCAAAAUCAACCGGUGGAGUUUCGUACUGGUGCCAACCCAGGGUUUCAUGAAGCCGUGGGUGACACAAUAGCGUUAUCUGUGAUGAUACCUGAGCAUUUGGAAUCAAUAGAUUUGUUGGAUAAAUCAGUUGGUGACGAUGAGGAAGGAAUAAACUUUUUACUCAAGCAAGCUUUACAGAAGGUUGCCUUUCUGCCAUUUGCUUACAUCGUUGACAAAUUUCGUUGGUCUGUUUUCAACGGAAUUGUGCACCCAACCGAUUUCAACACUUACUGGUGGGAACUGAAAGUUAAAUUUCAAGGUAUGAAAGAACCAAUGAACAGAACUGAUGAUGAUCUCUUCGAUGCUGGAACUUUCUUCCACGUGGCACAUAAUACAGAAUACUUGAGAUAUUUCAUAAGUCACGUGUUGCAGUUUCAAUUCCACGAAGCUUUAUGCGAUGAAGCAGAUCAUAAAGGACCGUAUCAUAAAUGUUCUAUACAUAACUCGAAAAAAGCUGGACGAAAAUUAAGAAAUAUGUUAGAACUUGGUAAAGAAUUACCUUGGCCAGAUGCAUUAGAUGUGUUGGCAGGCACGAAGAAAAUGUCGUCAAAACCUAUCCUCGAUUACUUCAAACCACUUGAAAACUGGCUGGAUAAACAUAGAGAAGAAAAUAACUACCCGAUAGGUUGGGACGAGCAGCCAUUUUGAAAAGUAAAGAAGCCAUUUUGAAAAGUAGACGAGUUUUUCGCGCCAUUUUUAUUUGUAAUUUCUUCAGCUUCUUUUUCUUACUCCGAGAUUACCAAUUCUAUACAACUUGAUGACAUUUUAAUAUCCU